AACUAGUUCCAUUUGCGCUGCCGGACUAUACGGACGUUAAAGCAAACGGACGUUUUUUUGAAAAUUUGAAAGCUUUUCCGUGCUUUGUUUUGAACGUUGUGUGUUUUGAGCCGGUUUUAAACGUUUUUAAAGUGUUUUUUGUAUUUAAAUAGUUUUAUUUUUGUAAAAAAUUCAGUGCGUCGGGAAUAAAUAGGUUGUGGUUGCGACGGCUCAGUCAGUUUUAUUUUUAGUUUCGCUUGUUUACAUGUGUGCGUGACGGGAUCUUAAUUUUAGCGUUGCGUUUAUGUGUGGACAAUAUCUCAUUGAAAAUGAGAAAGAAGAGAAAAAGUAAAACGUAAACCGAUUAAAAGAUCUUAAAAACCCAAGGUGGCAUUGAAAUUCCAAUAAAAUAUAAAAAUAAAUAAUCUAAGCAAACUCGAACCAGACAGGGACUGGGUACUUUAUAGUGGCUUGAAAGUGAACAAAUAUUAAAAAGGUAAAUCCGGUGCGUACAUAAAAAACAACCUACACGUUCAAAAACAAAAGCUUUGGGCCCUUUUCGGAUAAACGUACACAAAUAAGUAAUCGACAUUUAAGGUGAUUUUGUUCAAACAUAUUUGGGAUUGCUGCCUCUCGUUGUUUAUUUAGCUGCCUUUAGAGAACGAUAAAAUACAAAACGGUGAAAGAAUAAAUAAGAAUAACUUAAUACUCGUUGGUAAAUACAAGCAUUACAAAUAAAUUCGAAUAUUAUAAAGGAACACAGUGACUUUAAAUUAUUAUCUGUGCGUGUUUAUUAAUUACCAAGGCUAAUUUUAAAAAUCGAACCUUAAUUACUCCAUUUACUUAUUCAUAUUUUUUUAAAUAUUUAAAAAUCGAACACAAUAGUGAUCUACCAAAUUCUGAAUGAAAAAGUUAUAUAUCUGUAGACAGUGCUAUAAAAAGACAUACUUGCGUUAAAAGACUGAUGUCCAGGGCUGUAAACAAAUUAAAAAAAUAAAUAUUAAGCUGGCCGCACAUUAGCUAAUUCGGUUUACUAAAGAGGUGCUAAAUUUUUGUUUGUGAAUUUCAAUAAUUGCGGUGUCAAAGUGGCUGGAGACGAGCAUUUGGACAUGUUGGGGGGCCCCGAGUGGGGCCAGCGGGAGACCACCCCCCCUAGAGACGCCCCCCUGCCGAGCUUCGGGUUUACGCAGGAGCAAGUCGCGUGCGUAUGUGAGGUGCUGCAGCAAGCUGGCAACAUCGAGCGGCUGGGUCGCUUCCUGUGGUCGCUGCCAGCGUGUGAGCGCCUGCACGCGCACGAGUCGGUACUCAAGGCCAAGGCCAUGGUCGCCUUCCACCGCGGCAACUUCAAGGAGCUGUACCGACUGUUGGAGUCGCACAACUUCAGCGCGCACAACCAUGCCAAGUUACAGAACCUUUGGCUGAAAGCCCACUACAUGGAGGCAGAGCGGCUCCGCGGGCGGCCGCUGGGCGCCGUCGGCAAGUACCGCGUGCGCCGCAAGUUCCCGCUGCCCAGGACCAUAUGGGACGGGGAAGAGACGUCUUAUUGUUUUAAGGAAAAAUCCCGGUCAGUACUCCGCGACUGGUACCUGCACAAUCCGUACCCUUCGCCCAGAGAGAAGCGGGAGUUGGCCGAGACCACCGGCUUGACUACUGUACAGGUGUCAAAUUGGUUCAAAAACAGGCGACAGAGAGACAGACAAGCAGAACACAAAGACAGCGGCGGCAACGGCGACAAGCAGCUGGACUCGUCGACGGAUGACGACAGCGACGCGCCGCACGCGGCCGCCGCACACGCGCCGCCGCUCUACCCGCUGUACGAGCAUCCGCUCGCGCACCUGCAGUACCACCACUCGUGACACUACCACCACUGAACCACUGCCUCUUCAUACGUUGACUCGUCACGCGAAAGUUUUAGUACGGGGUCAAAAGACGCAGUUCGGGGUCUUUUGACCCAGUACUAAAACUUUCGCGUGUAAACCACAAAAAGUGUUUUGUACGUUGUUUUAGUACAGGGUUGAAAGAUCCUGAAACGCACCUCAGGUAGUUUUAGUACGGGGUCGAAAGACCCCGAACCCUACCAGAGGAAAAUUAUCAGAUUAAUCAGUGCCGCAGCGAUCGUAAUGAGUAACCACUACCAUCAACCAUUACUUACCACACUUUAACCACAUGUGACAAAAGUGGCACAUCGAAUGCUACCCGUGUCUAUUCUGGGGCCCUGGUCAUGUGGUUCGUCGAUCCUUUUUUUAUAAACGCUAAAGCUUCUAAAACUAACAAAAUGUAUGGGGAUGACAGAUCUGAUCCACAACUUGAUCACGUGACCUGUCGAUAGUGAAAGUCAUUUCCAUACAUUUUUAAAUUUUCGAAGCGUUAUCGAUGUCUGAGUUCGCCAGGGGCGUAGCUACCGCCGUAUAGUAUCAAUGAUACGGGGCCCCCGGACUACAGGGGCCCCUUACGUGUGAAAGCAAAAAAUAGUAAAAUCUAAUCAACUAUCUCUCGUAAUCUGGUGCUUACUGAAAAAGAAACAUAAAAAAUGCCCAUAGAAUUUUCACUUCAGAAAUGACAAAAGUAAAAAAAAAAAAUCUUUUUUUCCGGGUUAUGUGUGCGCCCAAAAGUCGAAUACAUUCUACAUAGGAUAUGUCACUAUCAUAUUUAUUUUACACAAGCACUUUUGUUUCUUUCGUUACCGUUUAUUUGGGCCCCCUACUUAUUUUGAUACGGGGCCAAGGCAGGCUACGCCUCUGUCUAUUUCCCGUAUAAGAAGAAAGGCCUGGCCCUUUAGUGGGCCAUAAAAUAAACUGGCAAUGAUGAUGAAGUAACAUAACAAACUUACAUUAAAAUUAUAAUAAGAUUAGAUAAUAUUCACUGCGUAAUAGUCAUUUGCAAAGCCUAUUUAUUUAUGUAUGCGUUUUUUAUCGGCCAAUUGGCUUAGUAAGCGCCGAUUCGACCAAAUUGGAAAAUAAUGACUAACAAUUAACAUACAGUAUUUUUGAUUUUAGUUUUUUCUUAACAAAUGUAAUUUAAUAUGAUAUUAAGUAAAAGGUUAUAAAGUACCUAAUAGAUAAUGGAUAUAAAAUUAAUUUGUAAAUAAGUAAUUAAUAAAUUAUGUAUCGUAGGUAGGUAUGAUAAUAAUUUAAAUUUAACUGUUAGAUUGAGAGGCCUGUCACAGUCAGAUCUUCGUGUUUUUAUAUAGCUUAGAGUUUGUCAGUCCAUGCAUGCCCAUACCAUAGAUAAGUACGGCCUUCUAUGGAGUUUUGAUGGUUAUGGCUUUGGGAAGUAGUAGAUUUCAAUUGUUCAAGUAUAAAGUAUGUAGGUAUAUGAUAAAUGAUUCCCUCGCCAGUCACUUAGCUUAUUACCAACCCCUCUAAACCCCUUGUUAAAUAUAUUUAAGGGUAUCUAGCAAAUAAUUGCCUCUAGUAAAGGAGUAUCUGGCGACCGUUAGAUUAUAAUCUAUCUCGAGUCGCGAGAUUAUACUGUCGAAUGAUUGUGAACCGUAACAUACUGCUUACAAUUUAACGUGUUUAACGUAUUUAACGUGUAACGUACAAAUAAAAUACCUAACUUAUCCUAACCUAACCAUUGAUUUCUGAGCCACUCAAUUCCGCUUCUCUGGGCUAUAUUGCGGUUCACAUUACCCUAUUAAAAAAAACAUUCCGCAGUCUCAACGGUCUUCUACUUUAUGGUACAGAAAACAUAUGUACAAGUUUAUGGUAUAUGGUAUGAGCAAAGCUGACAAGCUUAUAGUAUUUAUAAAAUGACGAAAGUCUGGCUAUCAUAGGCUCUUAGUCCAUGUGUAUUUAUGUAAAAAUAUGUAUUUUUUUCAAAUUGAAUGGCAUGCCGCUUAACCGAAUAUUCGUAUGCGCUGUACAGAAGUGCGAUAUCUUUGUACAAUUAACAUAUUUUAAACCAAACCAACCCCCCCCCCUACCCCUCUCUCCAUUUGUUGCCCUCUCCGCACCCCUGUACUGUGCAGACGAGGACUCAGGUAAUAUCACUUAUAGUUAUUUAAGAAUUAUAUCAAAGUUCUUUAAAUCUUAUAAUUUUGAAACCGUAUCUUUAAGAAAAUAAUGUCAAAUCGUUUUAGGAUUUUUGUUCACAUACUUAUAGAUUAAGUAAUAUUAGGUAGGUAGUUAUUUAUUUAUAUAAAUAUGUCUGAGUAAUGUUAUUAUGGCAGGCGUCCACUGAUCCGCAUCGUACGUAUUGGACGUAUCGCAUCGAAUGGAUUUUUAAUUUUACAGUAGAUAAAAUCCGUUCAAUGCUGAGACCAAUUAUAGAAGGACCUGUAUCGCAAUCAUAGUCACAAACAAAAUUGUUUGUCAUUUUCUGAGGAAAACGAGCUUAGAUUUGGUAUAUAUCUUAUACUAAACUAGAAGUUGUUGACCGUUUUUUACACCAUUCAUCUACACAAAAAGGUAUUUUUACGGAGCUCUGUAACCAACGAACACGAUUACAAUUAUUUAACAUCGAUUCUAUAUAGACAGCUUUUAUAAUCGCAUUAGAUUGUUGAUCAUAUACUUUGACAGAAAAGUAACACCUAGCGAGACAGGUCCUAUAGAAUAGUUGGUCUGAGGUUCAAUGCGAUCCGUACGAUGCGGAUCAGUGGAUGCACUUGCAUGACUUUCUAUACAAAGAAUACUAAAAUCCGUUUGAUACGAUGCCUACGAUGCCUACGAUGCGUACGAUGCUGAUCUGUGGACGCCUGCCUAGGACUGACGUCCUAAUAAGACACCUUUUCACACUUCAUAAACUGCAGCUAUGAGAUUAUUAUGUUGUUAGUUGAUACACUGAGAGAUAAAUAAUACUAUAUCUUGAACUCCAAUAACUAUGAGUAACUUUGUCAAAAUAUUGUAAAAACAAAUGGACGUCCUUGACUUGGCGGUUUUUAUAGCCUAUGUAGGAUAUUUUUUCUUGUGUUUAAUUUAAAUUAAGCCUGUUCCAAGCUUAUCUCAUUUUACCUGUAAUAAACGCCUUCAAUUAGGUCUGACAAUAGGUACCUAAGUGUGCGUAAACAAACACACAGAGUUGUUUUGAUUAUCGAUGCUAAAGUACCUACUUAGAACUAAUCACAGGCAUUAUUUGUCUCCUAGUGCAGCCAACUUUAUGAAUUGAGUGUAAAUAAAUUGCCCAUAAAACUUUUAGUAAUGAACAGAAUUGGCGAAUAUUUUAUUGUAAUAUAUUAAGCGUAGGUCACAUCAACGCGUAGUUACUUUCAAGAAGAAGAAUAUGCUUUCAAGCCAACACAAGGGGCAGGACAAACGCAUUUUAUUUAAAUUACUUCAAAAAUUCAUGUUUUAUAGUCUAUAUAGUCACUAUAUAUGUAUGUAUGUGUAUAUCGGUAUAUAAAUUAAUAUUACAAAUGAACGCAACGACUAAACGACCUACAAAUUAAGUAGAUAACCAUAGCUUAUGAAAAAUCAAUACUGCAAGGCAAUGCUUGCAAUAUUAUAUCAGCUAUCCAUGCCAUUUAUACCGUAACACAGCUAUGCUGCUUAGCUUGAAAGUCGUUGUAGUACUUCCCCCGAAGAGCUGUUACAUAAUACCUACUCGUGUUUGGUUUGAUAUAGUUUGUCAUAAAAAGUAUAGUUGGUUGCAGAAAUAGCUUGAGCGCCGCGAAAGCGUUGGUGUGACUUACCCUGAAGUGUGUUUUGUAAAAAAUAUUACAUAAAAUAAGUUAUAAUUGUCGUUAUUUAGGAUAUUAGUAUUUUUAAAAUGACGUGUGUUGUUAAAAA